GCUCACAUUGCUGCCCUCUAUGUUGACAGCAAAAGAAAAUAGUGGGCGAGUUUCCUGUAGCUGUGUCACCUAAUUCAAUAGAUUUUUCCUCGACAUGGACGCUUUUGGUGACGACGAAUUCGUCAGUGGCUCGGCCGAGGUUGACCCUGCAGCCGAAUUUCUCGCCAGAGAACAAGACCAACUGGCUGGACUCGAAGAUGAGUUGGAGCCAAUUUCUUCAGCUCCCAAUCCUCUUCCAGAGGAGCUGUCCGAUUCGAGCCCGCAGGAAACGAGUGUGCUCGAAGAAUUCUCUGCCCCGAACGAGGACAGCUACGAGUUUGUCGAGUCCUCGAAUAACGACCUUGACUUAUUUGAAUCUGAACUGGAGUCGAAACCCGAAGAGGUUAACGGCUACGAAGAGCCCGCAGCUAGUGUUUCUCCUAAGGUGGCUAAAGAAGAGCCCGAAAAGAUUCGCAAGUGGCGCGAGGAGCAGAAACAGCGUCUAGAGGAAAAAGAUGCUGCUGAGGCUGAGGCCAUUGAGAAACUGAGGCUGCAGGCCAGGGAGGAGCUCGACGAGUGGUACAAAAACCACAAUGAGGCCAAAACCAAGACCAAAGCAGCUAACAGGGAAUCAGCAAUGAACGCAGAGAAGCAGUUUGUGGCUGCCACGGAUGAGAUCGAGCCAGGCACCGAGUGGGAGAGAAUCGCUAAGCUGUGCGACUUCAACCCCAAAUCGAGCAAGGGCUGCAAGGACGUGACCCGCAUGCGCUCCAUCAUCCUGCAGCUCAAGCAGACCCCUCUGCCCUCCAAGAGCUAAGUCAUUCAUUUUUCUUGUUUCGAUGCAAGCUGAUCAGUUUAAAGAAACUUAUUAUUUAUAUAUUCAAGAUGAUUCAAGAUAGGAGAUUUACAAAAUUGCGGAUUUUGUUACGGCAUUCCAUGUUAAAGUCUAUAGAAUUUAAUCGCUGCUUCAUUAAUAUCUACAAGUGAAUAAAAGUGCAAUGUAUUACAAUACAUUAUAAAAAAGGAAAACAAUU